AUCCAUCUGAGAAAGAAAGGCCCCAGAACUCACAGCCGAAGAGGCCUGCCGAUGCAAGAACCAGCAGCGGACAGGAACAGAGUUAUUGUGGUUCAUGGAAAUAAGGUGGAGACGGUCGUGAGCGACUUGCAGUUUUACUCGAACUAUACUCUGACAGUUGCACCUUUCAACAGCAAAGGUGAAGGUCCGCAUUCGAAGGCGUAUCACUUUAGCACUCCAGAGGGUGCUCCUGGACCAGUUUCAUUCUUGACCUUCGAGAGCCCAUCUGAGACGGAGAUCACCCUGCGCUGGGAAGCUCCAGACAAACCCAACGGAGUGCUCACAGGCUACCUGCUACAGUACUAUGAACGUGGGUCAACUCAGGAUUAUUCAUUAUAUGUAAAAUUAGCACAUUAUAUAAUAUAG